AUGAACAGUCUUCAAGAAAGAAUAAAUAUUGCAAAGUAUGCAAUUACGAUAUCAAAUAUUUUGGUAUUGAAGAUUUUAAAACCCGAUAAAAGAAUUUCUUUUAUAUUCAAAUUAAGAAUAAUUAUGUUAAUAAUAACAUUAAAGUUACCUUAA